GCGAAGCCGCAGGUUUGUAACGUCUGCUAGGCAGUUCACGCAAUACUUCUUCCCCAGGUCGGCCAUGUUGCUGGUUUCUGCUUGUUGUUGAAAGCAGCAGUGCCUCGCAGGGAGGGCAUGCGUACUGGAGUGUCUCCGGUCAGCUAGUGCUGCGUCUCAUUAAUAUUAAUCAAAACAGCGCGAACGUCCCUGAUAGGCCAACUCACCCAGUUUCCAGGACAACUCUAAAACAUAAAUGGUUUCAUUGAAGAGUCCUGCGUCCUGACCUGUAACCUAAGGUAGUCAGUUAUUUUAGCUAGUAUUUUAUUUACACAUUAAGUUAUAUUGAAAAGUCGUUUUUUUUAACUUUAUUCCACGUAUUUUAAAAAUUAAGUUUAGAAAUAACAAUGAUUCGCUAGAUCGUUUCGAGGUUUCACCCAAACCAUGGAGGAGGAAGAGGCAGAGGUAAAGAUUGAGCAUGGCACCGCCGGUGAAACCCACGGAGAUUUGAAUAAUGACGGAAAUGCUCCGCCUGAUGCUGUGGAAGCUUCAGAUGAAAAUUCCGGUGGAGAAAAAGAAAAUGAGCAUGAGCAUGCUGAAAAACAACAAGGCACAGUCAAAGACCAUAACCAAAGCCAACAGAUCAAAGGGGAAGGGGAGGAGCCUACAGCAGAAGAAGACUCUGCUGAAGUUCAGAAAGGAAUGGGUGAAGAAAGCAUGGGAGGUGAUGUAAAUGCCGGCUUACCUACCAGUGAAACAUUUGAAGAGGGAGAGGGUGAUGAAAUGGAGCCUCUAAUCGGUGAACCACUUUCACGUGAAGGAAGCAUCAAAGGAGAAUAUGAUGAUAUCACAGACGAUGAGAAGGGGCCUCCAAGAAUAGAUCCAGGGACACCAGAAAGAAGCAGUUCUGGCUCUAAGAUUCCAGAGCAGGUUGAAGAGAAGGAGGUAGAGGUUGAAGAUGAUUCUGGCAUUGACUACAUGGAAAUCUUGAAAGAGCUUCAAAAUGAGAAGGAAAGGUUGUGCCAGCAUAACGUCCAGUUACAAUUUAAACUUGUGGAGUACUUCAGGCGUAAGACCGGCGACGAGGCUAAGCCUGAGAGGGAGAGAGACAAGGCCGUGUCAGACCAAGAGCAACGCUUCGUAAAGUAUAUAGACAUCAUGGAGGACCUGAAGAACCAGUAUAGGCGCGACUCAGAGCUACACCAGCAGCAGGCAGAGGUGAUGCGCCAGCAGAUGCAGGUGAAGCUGGAGCAGGUGGAGCGCGAGUGGCGUGUUUUCAUGGAGCAGAAGAACGAGGUCGCCGUGUCCGUGCUCCGCCGGCGUCUGGGCAAGCAGGAGGCGCAGGCAGAGGUGGAGCAAAUCCAGACGGCCGAGCAGCGGCGGGAGAACGAAUUGGUGGCUGUGCGCCUUGAGAACAUCAAGCUCAAGAACAAGACGCGCAAGUUCGAGGCCGCGCUGCGCGCCAAAGAGGAGCUGGCCGCGGGCCUGCACCUGAUCGACUUCGAGCAGCUGAAGAUCGAGAACCAGACGUACAACGAGAAGAUCGAGGAGCGCAACGAGGAGCUCCUCAAGCUCCGCAAGAAGAUAACCAGCACUGUGCAGGUGCUCACACACGUCAAGGAGAAGCUGCAGUUCGUCCAGGUGGAGAACCAGAGUAAGCGCGUCCAGCUGGCCGAGGUGGACACACUGGUGGCUCAGAAGAGGGACACGCUCACGCGGACCAAGCAGGCCCGCGACAACCUCCGAAUGGACAACCUGCGGCUCCGCCAAAGCUGCGGCCUGCUGGGGAACGAGACACUGCUGAGGGACUUUGAGGAAAAGGUGGACGCCUCCGAUGCCCUGGAGCAGAAGCUGGAGAUGCUGAAGAGGCGGCAUGCAGAGCUCAUCCUUAAGUGUGCCGGAGUCAAAAAGAAACUGGAGCAGACAAAACCGUCUCCAGCACAAACAGCAGAGAAUGAGCAUAUGCUGAACACUAUUGUGUAAUUAAAUACCAUAUUGAUAAUGCUUCUUCUCCUUUACUGGGUUGGUACCAUUCUACUGUAGUAAACUAAUUAUACCGAAGCUAUUCCAAUAUUUUAUUUCAAAUAAGAUACAAUACUUUAAUCUCAUCUAGAGUAUGAACUGAAGGCUACUGUAAUCACUUGUAACAGUAUAACAGAUGUGGCUGCUGAAUAAAAUUAAGCAUUAAGGACUUGUGUGACCCACUACAAUAGUAUUUUUCUUAAUUAAGCAAAUCAAUGACAAAUGACACACCUUAUUAAAACAAGACUUAAUAAAAUAACACGUGCAAUAUAUUGCAUGCAUUAACAAUACA